UGCAGUACUUCUGCCGCUGCGGGUGUCUUUGUGGAAGUCUGUCAGUCUGCCCGAUAACCCUCCGUCAAAAUGGGCAAAAGGAGAAAUGAAACACGUAUUAAGGGUAGCGGCGAAGUUUGUGUUAGUGAAAGUCAGGCCUGUGGUUACUUCCUCUGAAAGUGACGUCGGCGAACGCUUUGGGCUGUAUAGCCAUUCAGUGGAUUUUUGGAGUGCCUCUGCAGAGGAGUCCAAGCGGACGGUAGCGGCAGUGGCAAGCGAGAACAACAAGCUUUCAGACGCAGUAGGGCGGGGGCGACGGGACACAGAGAGACUUUCGGGAGGUGUGGAUCGUAUAAUGCGCAACUGUAAACUGGAAGGAUUCUGACAGCUAGGCUGCUCCAUCGGGGGACGCGGCUGGUGCCACUUCUGCUAUUACCGUGUCAUUCCGGCGCCCCCUGAUAUUUCUGACUUGAUAACCAGCUAUGUCUUUUAUAAAUAUAGAAGAUGACCAGAGAUGGGUGCCCACGCACGUCCAGGUAACCGUUUUGCGGGGCAGGGGACUGCGGGCGAAGGGCAAGCAUGGAACCAGCGACGUUUACACCGUUAUUCAAGUGGGGAAAGACAAAUUUACCACGGCUGUGGUGGAAAAGACUACUGCUCCGGAGUGGUCGGAAGAAUGCGCUUUCGAGCUGUUACCCGGAGUACUGGAAGCAGGGGGACGGAGCGCCUAUCCUGCCGGGAGUAGCGACCUGGCCCUUACUGUGAAUCAUCGAGCCUUGAUCGGACCUGAUGUAUUUCUUGGACAUGUCGUCUUGCCCUUGGAUAAAGUCUUCCAAGACAGGAUAUGUCUGAGAAACGAAUGGUAUAAGCUGCGCUCCAAGUCGGGGAGAAAGGAGAAGGAGCGGGGGGAGCUCCAGGUCACGGUCCAGUUCACCCGGAACAACCUGACGGCCAGCAUGUUCGACCUCUCCGUCAAAGACAAGCCGCGCUCCGCCUUCGGCAAGCUCAAGGACCGCAUGUCCGGCAAGAUGCGGGGGGACGUGGAGUCCACCUCCGCCAUCGUCCCGGGGGGUUAUGCCGUCCUGUCGGGCGGGGGGAGGCGCAUCUCCGGGGAGGGCGAGGCGGACGACGACGAGGGCCGGCGGGGCAAGGUGAAGAGCUUCUUCCUCAAGGGCCGGCUGCGCAGGUCGUCGGACGUGCAGUCCAGCACGUCGCUGGCCUCCGAGUGCAGCGGGGCCUCGUCCCCCGGGGGGAGCCUCAGCCCCACCGCCGGGGUCAACAUGCUGGUGUCCGACCUCUCCAACUCCCCCAGCGAGGACAGCAACCACCCGGCCGACAGCAGCCCCGUGCAUCCUGUCCAGCCUCCCCCCAAGCUUAUGACCCACAAGAGGGCGUUCAGCGACGAGGUCAGCAGGAUCACCGUGGCCCUGCCCAGGCCCCGUGCCGUGGAGACGCUGCGGGCCCAGAAUUCCUCCCUGUCCCGCUCCUCGCUUUGCAUUAACGGGAUCCAUGUAUACGGGGCGGAGCCGCUGGGGCCCAGCGGGGGCGGCGGCACCCUGCCCGCCACCCUGGGGCUGCUCCAAAAGUGCGCCCCCCUCUCGCGGUCGCUCCAGAACCUGGCCCGGCGGGCCGAUGACCCUCGCAGGAGCCCCGGCACUGCCCGACGCUGGUCUUUCGACCGGGCCGGGAAGGAGGAGAAGGUGGCCCCACCCGCGGCGGCCGCCGCCUCCUUGGGCCAGUCAAUGGAGGCCGCCAUGCCGACUGUUCCCACGGCAAUGGUGGGGCCAGAUUCAGCCGGCGAGGGUAAGAAGCAGAAGAGGAAUCUUUUCUCCCAUGGGAGGGGCGAGUCAGCAGGGAAGGGCUCAGACACGCCCAAGGCAGAGCAGGGGCAGGCCCCGCCCCACACUGAGGAGAGAUAUAAGGGAUGGUUCAGUGCCAAGGACUCACAGAACAAGCCAAGCCAGGAAGUGUCUCCUAUGGUAGAAACCAGCACAGAUGCACCCUGUCACCCUUCACCUUGCUCCCCCAAUCGCUUGCUGCCUUGCCCCUCCCCUGCUUCUGCUUCACCAGGCAGUGGGCAUAAUGCUAACCCCUUCACCCCCUCCCCUGCUACCCCACCCAUAUCUCCCUCCAACCCCUUCCUCACCCGUCUGCAGUGCAACCCCUUCUAUGAGGAGCUCCUUGCCGAUCAGGCGCUAAAAUCUACCCUACCUACACAACCGCGCCCCUCCAGCUCUCCCCUCUGGCCCUCCGCAACUGCCCCUUCCAGGCUCGGCGCCCCCACCACCACCCCCAAUGCUGUGCCUCAGAGACCAUUUGUUCCUCAGAGGGAGCGCCCCAAGGGUGUGUCCCGACAGAGGUCCCUUCCCGCCCUACUGCCCAGAACUUCUAACUCCUCCCCCAACCCCUUCACCCCACGCUCCCUGUCUGAGAGCGGCUGCGAGUGGGAUGAGUUUGAAGCCUUCGCGACCAACAGGCUGAAGUCACCGCGAGGUCCCAAUCCCAGAAGGAACGGCGGAGUCAAGGAGUGGCCUGUGGGUGGGAUUGCAGAGGAGACUGUGGCUAAUGAAGCAUCAAUCCCAGCCGGGAAAGUCCCGCCUCUUCCCCCGCGAUGGCCUGUGAGGACUCCGGUGAAAGAGUGCCGCAGUGACAGCUGGCUGGACAGAGCCCAGGAGCUAGCAGUGAAGAAGGAGGCAUGUCUGCUGUCUCAGACAGAUGCGGCUUCCAUGCUACACCGCAAGGAGGGGGAGCGCAAGAGAAACACCCCUUGCUCAUUCCAGGAUCUCCUUUCUGAGGAGAAAGCCAAAACGACAGAACCACUCAUGAAACCCUCCAACUAUGAUCCAUCGUCAAGGUAUGAUUGUCCUGUGAGCAGCUUCUCUGACAUGUCCGCAGCGUUGCAACACCAAGAUAGUCUUAGGAUGUCAGGCUGUGACGCUGAGGGCUUGGCAUGGAACCACAGGCUUCAACAAGGACAAACUUCUGGAGAACAAGGACUCAACAAUGAAACAAACCUGAGCAGCCCACCUGAGUUCUUCCCCUUAGAAAUGCCUGAAGGAUUAUAUGAAGAAGUUUCUACAAGCGGUACUUUUGUAGAAGUGGAAGACAAGCUUCCUUCACUUUUAAUGGAAACAUACAGUAAUAAAUCAGAGGCCCAAGGAGCUAAGACUGUUUCCACUGCCACUAUCCCAACACACAUACUCUGUAUGGGUAACCAGAAGUCCCAUGUCAAUUCUGCUACUGCACUUGAGCCUGUUCCUAAUGUUACCACCAUCCAUCCAAGCACGACUAACACCAAAAUGUUUGAUUCUAAAGUUAACGCACAAGUCUCCAAUAAAAACAUUUGUGAUUCACAGCUUGGCAGUAUUGACUCUGCUCCUUCUGGUGGUGCCAGGAUUGACAAUGUCUUUGAGAUAAACAACAACACAGACAAAGAUUUUGGCAUGUCUCUAUCUACUCUUGGACCCCUCCCUAACAAAGUGCACCAAAAUAAAUGCCACAGCUUGACCUCAAACACCAUCCCAAAUUCCACUACUGUGUCGGUGGAUUGUGGCGAUGCAGGCGGCUGCAUGCCUGUUGCUCCUGGUCCAAUUGUGAGAUCUACAUUUGGGAUGAACAGAAAUGCUGCUGAAGUUCUGGUCCUGGAGUCAGAUUUCAAUAUUUCUACAGAACCAGUGGAAGCUCCUUCUUCUGAGAUCCGGCAUCCACCUGGGACUUCUGCGGAAGGAAGUGCUUCAGGGAAUGCUAACAAAGGGGUCAUUGGCAAAGAAUGCUCUCAGGCAGAAUGGCCACCCAGAGACCAAAAGACAGCGAUGCCCAGCCAGGACUCACAUCUCAGCGACACAUUUCAAGGAAAUCUUAAACAGGAAAAUGGAACCUCAAACUUGAAGACAUCAAACAAAGCUUCUAUAGCUCAUCCUAACUGCAGCAACCCUUUGCCAAGUCAUUGUACAGAGACAAAUGAGUCAAGAACUGUAUAUGAACCAGGGGCACUUAACUCCUGUACUCCUGCUGAAGAUAAAACUAUUGGGGAAACCACAGAGAUAGAACAUGGUCAUCAUCCUGUGAAAUCCACCGCCGGUGAAGACACAGCGGAAAAGGAUGGCUCUUUGUUCAAGGCUACAUGCUCCUCGAAUGAUCCUUCUUUCAUUGAGCUAUCGCAGGAGGAUGGAUGCAACAAGCAGGAAGUUAGCGAGCCACCGCCCAAACCACCCAGGCUUUGUAACGAGUCAGCAAUAGCUGGUCAAUAUGUGAACGAGGGACCUAACGCAAGCCAGGAGGCUGUAUUUUGCAGGAAGGGUGGGUGUGCAGAACCGAGUAUGAUGGAAUGUCCUCUUUCUGAAAGCACACAGAAAAUCAGCUUUGAGGAUCUCCAUGCCAAAGUGGCCCCAGGCUCAAGAAGUCAGACUCAGCCCAGGCUCCCACUGCAUGGCUCUGCUCCUUGGGCUUCUGCCUCCUCCCAAGCAGCUAAAACUAACGCUCCGUCCACCAUCUUCCCCCCGCCCGCCCUGAUCCUCCCUACUGUGAGGCCAAUAGCAGGGACCGCCCAGACCACCGCUACCCCCUCCUCCACUGCUCCGCCUGUGAUUGGCUCAGCGCACACAGUUCUGCCCAAGGAGACAUACCCGGCUACCAGCUCCCUGUCCCACCAAGAGAGCAGCCCCCACCCUGUGAAGCCACUGACCGCUUCAGCUCUCCAGGGAGAAAAGAAGCCAGAAGGCCGCUCAGUACUGGUCAGUGGUUUGGAGAAGCUCAAGUCCACCAUUCACCCGGGGCGAGCGUCCCAGCCAGCUGAGCCUGGGAGUGAGAGUAGCAAGUCUCUUUCAGAGAGAGCAGCCCAGUACGACCACCUUACCAACAACGAAAUCAUCGCUCUGUUACUGCAGCGAGAGGCGGAGCUGGAGAAAAAGGGGGUGGAGUUUGAAAAGCAGGGGGCAUUGCUGGAGAAGCGGGAGGUAGAGCUAAAGAAGAUGAAGGUACAGGUGCGGGAUCUGGAGGACUACAUCGACAGGCUGUUGGUGCGCAUCAUGGAGCAGACGCCCACAAUUCUGCAGGUGCGCUCCAGAUACAAGUGAAGGUCUGGCCCCAUUGGCUUGGGGGGAACGGGGUUUAAACUCCACCCAAAACCACACCCACUAC